AUGCCAAAGACCAAGACCGCGGUUUGCCCUCCGGGGAUUAUGAACAAGAUCGGCGUGCCUCUGGAUCGCAUUCAUCCCGUGGCUCUGGUGGUUGGCAACCCUCCUUGGUUGGACGAGCUGGCUUCCUUGGCUACUCGUCAUGAGUUCUUCAGUCAGUACAAAUCGCUUCGUUCCAUGGAGUUGGAGUUCAAUGGUCAGACUUUCUUCGCUUUGAGCUAUGGUUACGGUGCUACCAACUUGCACCGUUUGCUCUGCGAACUGGGCCUUUUCGGUGUUAAGUGCGCGAUUUUGAUCACGAAUACAGUCAGUUUGGUCCCCGGCCGUGUGCCUCGCAAGGCUGUCUGCGUUACCUACGCAUCGUGCCGUGGCGAACAAACGUCGACGAUAGAAGUCGACAUCACUUACCCCGCUGUGGCACACCCCGAUGCCGUACGCUCGCUACGGCAAUCGGCUGCCAAGCUGGGAAUCGCAACUCGUUUAACGCGUUCGUUGACUCGCGACACGGUAUAUCCGCCGAAAGUCGAUCGCGGCCACACCCUCCAUGACGAGGUGUUGCAGACCGGUGUCGACUUGGAGGACCGCGAGGUGUCCACGUUUUUGGUCACAUGCAGCAUCCGUAGCAUGGUUGCCGGCGUGAUUUCAUGCAACGAGACUGAGCCUGACAAGUUCGACGAGAGCACGGGCACAGUGGUGGAGGAGGAAGACGUUAUUGAGGCACGCCGUCAAACGAUGCGUAUUGCGAUGGACGCAGCUGCGAGGUUGAGCGUCGAUUACGCAUUUGAAGACUAA